AUGUCGGAGUUCUGCUUUGUGGAUGUAGCCAACAUUAUAUGUGUCCAGGGAAGGUCCAGAGUAGACAAGGUAACAGGGAUGCUGGAGUCACCAACUCGAUCCUUGAGCAUGGAUGCACCACGAGGAAUUAAUAUCAAAGCACAAGCUGGGAAUAUUGAAGCUCUUUCCCAGAUGGAUAUCAAACUACACAGCAGUGAUGGUGUGCUUUUGCUGGAUGCUGAAACUGUUCGACUGCCCAAACUGCCUGAGGGUACAAGGGGUGGAUCCGGCAUUUCUCAGGGGCUCUAUGAAAUCUGCGUUUGCCCAGACGGAAAGCUCUACUUGUCAGUGGCCGGCGUGGGCUCCACUUGCCAAGAAUACAGCCGUGUCUGUCAGUGA